AUGGCAACACGAUUACGGGCAGUGCUUAAAGGACAGAAAGGAGCAGUGACGCGAGUUUUUACCAAAUUUGAAACUAUUGAUUUAGAGGGAACGAAUUUUGACGAGCUCCAAACCAUUGAGGAUACGCUGAAAUGCAAACUCCAAAUUAUAACGGACAUACACGAACAAAUUGUGAACUCUAUCCCGGAAGAGAAUGCUGAGGAGAUUGAACAUGAAAUUUUGGACCAAGAAGAUUAUGUGUACGAGUUCAGAAAUAGAAUUCAACGAGUGAGCAAAUUCAGGCAAGUCAAAUUUUCUAAUCUCAAUGCAAAUUCACAAGUUUUUCCUAUUCUGAUCCCAGAAGGCACAGAAAACAGAACACAACGCGAAAAUAACUAUUCUUACAGCAUACAAGGGCAUGCAUCCACGGCCAACCCGAGUUACGGCUCAGUAUAUCACAGAUUACCUAAACUCGAGCUUCCUAAGUUUGACGGUGAUAUUUUAGAAUGGCAGUCCUUUUGGGACUCGUACGAAUGUGCAAUUCACAAUAAUGCAUCGCUGAGCGGAGUACAGAAGUUUACUUACCUGAAGACUUCUCUUAGAAAUGAGGCAUUACAGAUGAUAGCUGGUUUCUCGCUCACUAAUUCUAAUUACGAGAAAGCUAUUUCCCUACUUCAUGAACGUUAUGGACAGAAAGAUAUUAUCAUACAAUCAUACAUGACGGCUUUACUAGAAGUCCCCGCACCUACGCACACAGUUUCGAGUUUACGCAGAUUCUACGACACAACAGAAACCUACAUCAGAGCGCUAGAAUCGUUAAACCAAUCAGAAUCCACGUAUGGUUCCCUGCUUACUCCAGUGAUGUUGCAGAAACUACCUUCCGACGUCAGACAGAAUAUGACACGUGCGCACGGGUCACAGUCUUGGCGCUUACCCGAACUUUUGAGUAGUUUACUAUCCGAGAUUACUAUUCUGGAUGCCGGAGCCCCGUACGUAAAACAAUAUGACGUCCCAGCCACGACCUCCACAUUUCUCACGAAGUCCGAUUCCCACAAAACGAAGAAAAGCAAUUCCACUACACAGCGAAAACCAAAGAGUUAUACAGAGAAGAAAUGUGUAUAUUGUAAAGGACAUCAUUCAAGCUUAGAAUGCAAAAAGUUACAGAUUAUAAAGAGAGAAUGGACAUAG